GGAAACAAUUCUAGAAUGGACAGGUGCUGGGCUAAUCCCUACAAUUCUUUCGUCUGGGAAACAAUCCGCCUCGCUUAUCGCGCCCCUUUGUUCACGCUGUAGACUCAACACAAAGGAACUACUUACACUGUUUCACAACUACCUUGCAACAAUACUGAUUGUAUCCAUAAAAAAAGAGAUUUCCAUGACCUCAAAUAUUCUCACUUCACUCCAUCCAAACUCCAUUCAAUCAACUCCCAUCGACUAACUCACCAAUUAACCACAGGCUACCAAUUAGAUCCUCACUCUCAAGUACAACUUUCAAGCCACCGAAAAUAUGUCCGGAAUGAACGCUGUUACCACAGUUGUCGCUUCUCUAAUCGUCGUUGUCUUUGUUAUUGUCUUCAUGAUCUACGUCCCCAGCUACAUUGGCAUCAAAUUGGAGCGUCGACGCAUCGCAGCUCAAAACAAUCAUCGAUCAAUGAACUGGCCCUUCCCUGCACCACAGGAACAAUAUCAAGAACCAGGACAGGAAUACGACAUCGAGAUGAAUGAUUGGCCUUUGAGAUGUCCACAACCGGCUUUGGUAAGAAGACCUUCUGAUUGGCCCUUGAGAAGAAUGGAACCGGUACUUAUGUCGGAGAGGAGGAGAGAAAGCGUUAAGACUGUUGGCUCAGAUUCUGGUAGUACUGGUAGUAAUCUUGAGGGAUCUCCUUACUGUGUGCGAUAAAUAGUGGUAUUUAGCGCUCAAAGGGGGAGGAUUUGGAAAGGUAAGUGGAAGAACGUGAUGUUAGACGUCACGAGUUUCUCAUCAGGUAAGUGCAAGUGUAAAUGCAAGCGCACUCCGGUAAUUCAAUCUUUAUAUCCUAAAAAAUAGUACAAAUACAUCUAUAACUGUGACCAAUUGUGAAAUCA